UCGAUUUUUUUUAUUUUAACUGUUUCACACCGUCCAACAAUUUUUUCCUCCUUUCUUGGCCGUGUUUUAAGGCUGUGAUAAAUUGGGUAAAACCGAUUUGAAAAAUUGGAUGAAGUGCGGGCUAUCCAUUAAACGCAGGUGGUACAAUUUAACAGUUGAUUAAGUUCAGACGGCUGGGUCCUCCUAUUCCUGAUAACUCCCGUCAGGAUUGAAAACAUCCCCAGUUGAUGGUGAACCGUUAUGCAGAAAGCCGAGAAACGCCUCCAGGCCCUUAUUCAAAAAUACUCCGGUUUUAACAAACACGACUAUGUCAAACUCGAUGUGACAAAAAAAAUUUUCAAAAAAUCGAUUUUUUUUGUGCCCAAAAACCGCCCUUUUCCUCCUUGUCCCGUGUCUCCUAAUCGCCACUCAGAUGAAUUUACUCAACUCAUCUUCGUGUUUGAUCGACAUGCCGUCUGACUCAUCGAAAUGGUUCCGCGAGCCGGAAUCUUGCGACAUUUGCGAAGGAGUGACCGAGGUCCCCAAAAUCAAAAACAUCUCUCCUUCGGACUUCUACCCAAACUUUGUAACACCUGCAAAACCUGUCGUUGUGACCGAUGGCGCCACCAGCUGGCCCGCAUCCCAAAAAUUCUCCUUUGAAUUUUUCAAAAACCUAUACUCGAAUUCGGACUCAAACUUCUGCCAGUUUUUCCCCUACAAGACCGAGUUCACCUCCCUGGAAGAGGUGCUGCAAAUGGACCCGCGACGGGCCAGCCUGGAGCCCGGCCAAAAACCCUGGUAUAUAGGCUGGAGCAACUGCAACGACAACGCGGGGAAAAUCCUGCGCGAGUUUUACAACACCCCGUAUUUUCUGCCCAACACGUCGGAAAACAUCGCCCUGAACUGGAUUUUUAUGGGGGGGCCCGGCCAGGGGGCCCACAUGCACGUCGAUAACGUGCAAUUCCCGUCGUGGCAAGCACAAAUCAAGGGGAGGAAAUUGUGGCGGCUGGCGCCACCCCCCGAAUGUUUGUACAAAUGCCAGGAAAUGCAAGUUAUUGUGGAGUCGGGUGAAAUCAUCGUCGUGGAUACGAAUCGUUGGUAUCACCAAACUUUCAUACUGCCAGGCGAGAUAAGUAUUACAAUCGGGGCCGAAUUUGAUUAAAGUACUCCAAAUGCUUAAUAAAGUCACUGCAGCAAGUAA